UCUGGGCCCGGUAUGCCUCGAUCUCCUUUUAAAUAAUUAUUUUUAAUUUGCUGUUGUACUGGGAGGUGAUAAUUUGGAUCAAUAGUAGGUGUUGUAUACAUUCUUUUAUUAUGAAUAGGUGUUGUUGUUGUACUUAAAAUUGGGCGUUUUGUAGUUGUUAAUGGACGAGUUGUUGUUUCUAUUGUUUUAAUAAUUUGUGGAAUUGAUGUUGUUGUAGUAGUCGUGGUAGUGGUACGUCUAAAGUUUUGUUUUUUUGUAACUUGCCUCUUUUGAAUGAUUCUUUCAGUUGUAUUUAAAAUUAAUAUAAAAACGUCAUUGUCCAUUGGCCAAGCCUCCUCAGGAACACCUAAUACCUCAGAAUUUCUUGAAAUGUUCUCGGACGGCGCGAAAACAUAUUGUAAUUCGUUAACUUUAACUAAUCCAUUUAUAGAAUUAUUUUUGUAA